GUGGCCGCGCACUCCGCCCCUAGGCGUGCAUGGUAGCGGGUGGUGGUGGUGCUGUUACUGGCUGUGCUCUAGGUCGACUCAGCCUUAAAUGCAGUAAACGUCGCCACGAGGGAGACAAAGGCGGUUCGGGCGUGGUGCUGGCCACCCACCCUCUUAUUACCCCCCUCGGGCCUUCUUAGGUGUCUUCACUAGUGUUGUUCGUGGCUGAGACACGGGGGAUCUUUGUUUCCUGCUGCUGCUGCUGCUGGUAGUAGUGGUGGCACUGCAUUAGCUGUGCUCCUAGGUAGACUCGGCCUCAAAUGAGUACCCGACGCGGUGUGCAGUGAACAUCGCCACGAGGGAGACGAAAGCGGUCGGGUGUGGUUCUGGCCAGCGGUGUUAGAGGCACGGGGGAUCUUUGGUGCUGCUGCUGUUGCUGGUAGUAGUAGUGGUGGUCGUGGUGGUGGUCGUGGUUGUUCAGGCUGAUCGGUGCGCCAUGGAGGACCUCGUAGAGGCGCUGUUCGAGUCGGAGGCGGUGAAGUUUGGAAGCUUCACGCUCAAGAGCGGCCUCGCCUCCCCCGUCUACUUCGAUCUCCGCGUCAUCGUCUCGCACCCGCGCCUCAUGCUGCAGGUGGCGGAGCGCCUAUGGGAUGUGGGCCGCUCCGUGUGCCCCUCAGCGCUGCUGUGCGGCGUACCCUACACGGCGCUGCCCAUCGCCACGCUCAUGGCCACGGCGCACGAGAGGCCCAUGCUCAUGAGGCGCAAGGAAGCCAAGCAGUACGGCACGGCGCGCAUGCUGGAGGGCGCGUUCGCGGCUGGAGAUGUGUGCGUGGUGGUGGAGGACGUCGUCACCAGCGGAUCCAGCGUGCUCGAGACGGCGGACGUGCUGCGUCAGCACGGCCUGCAGGUGCGUGAUGCGCUGGUGCUGCUGGACCGUGAGCAGGGUGGCCGCGAGACCCUGGCCGGCGCUGGCAUCACCCUUCACUCGGUGUGCACCGUGUCUCGGCUCAUGCAGGUGCUGCUGGACCGCGGCCGCGUCGACCAGGCCACGGUCGACUCCGUGUCCGCCUUCAUUUCCCAAAACCGCGCUACGACACCACCUCCUGCCUCGUCGCCCUCGCUCGAACCUGGGCCGGGCGCGGUGGCACAGAGCUACGGGCAGCGCGCGCGUCUCCCGUCGACGUCGGCCGUCGCCUCGCGGCUCCUGCUCCUCAUGGAGGAGAAGCGCAGCAAUCUGUGCGUGUCGGCCGACGUGCGCACGGCCGCCGAGCUGCUGGCGGUGGCGCGCGCCGUGGGCCCCCACGUGUGCCUCCUCAAGACGCACGUGGACGCGCUUGACGACUUCACGGCCGACCUGCCGGAGCGCCUGGCCGAGCUGGCGCGGAGCCAUCGCUUCCUGCUGUUCGAGGACCGCAAAUUCGCCGACAUCGGCCACACCGCCCGGCGGCAGUACCAGGGAGGGGUCUUUGGCAUCGCGAGCUGGGCGGAUCUGGUGACGGCUCAUGCCGUGUCAGGCCCCGGGGGGCUGGAGGCCCUGGCUGGGGUGGGAGUGCCCCUAGGGAGGGGCUGCCUCCUCAUCGCCAAGAUGAGCUCACAGGGGGCGCUCACCACACAGGGGUACACGCAGGCAACGGUGGCAAUGGCCGAGGCGCGUCGCGACUUUGUGCUGGGAUUCAUCAGCACGGAGCGCGUCACCCAGGACCCCUCCCUGCUGCACGUCACCCCCGGGGUCAAGCUACAGCCGGGAGGCGACGACCUGGGUCAGCAGUACUUGACCCCGGAGGAGGUGGUGGGCCGCCGUGGCUGCGACGUGAUGGUGGUGGGCCGCGGCGUGCUGGAGGCCACCGACGUGACCGCCGCCGCCCGGCUCUACCAGCAGGCCGGCUGGGACGCCUACUGCGGACGCCUCCAGCCCGCCACCGCCUCGUAGCGCGGGGCUACGUGGCACGGGUGGGGCGACAUGGUUGAGUGGCACAGGGCAGGGGCAGCGUGGGCAGGAGCAGCGUGCGCAGGGAAGUGGUAGCAUACAAAGGGGCAGCAUACACAGGGCAAGGGCAGCAUGUAGCAGGGGGCUGAAGAAAUCUGCACUCUCGGUUCCUUUCGGACUGCACUGGCGACGACGUCUGUAAGGGCGCGUGGCGACGUCCGCGGUUUGUCUCGGCGCGAAUAAAGCUACGUUGAAUAAC